AUGUCUAACCGCGAUUACUACGGUGAUUACACUCCCGAGAACUUGUCUUCGCAGGACAAGCCCCAGCAAAUGAGUUCUAUGCAGAACUCAGAGUUUGUUCCCGGACAGGCCCACGAACAACAAAUGGGCGAACAGAAUUCUUUCAAUCAACAAAAUCAAUGGAAAGACUUUGACCCGUCUACUACCAACGGACCACCCGAAGGCGAAAGAGGUCUCGGUGCAACAGUCGUCGGUGGAGCAGGAGGUGCAUUCGUCGGACAUCAAGUCGGGAAGAAAUCUGAUCAUGGAACUCUGGGUGCAGUUGGUGGUGCUUUGGCUGGUGCUGUUAUGGCUAAUAUGGCAUCGAAGGCUAUCAAGGGGAGUCAUCACGGGCAUGGUUCUGCUCAUGAUCGUCGUCGGGAGAGACUUGAGAGACGGUUAGAUCGAUUGGGAUGA